UUCUCUCCUAUCUUUCACUCUCACAUUUACAUUUUACAUUUACAUCAUCUUCUUUACUACAUUCAUGUCUGUAUUACAUUACAUUACAUUACAUAUAUACAUACAAGAAUUUGUGGUAUAAGCAGCUGGAUAACGCAAUGAGAUUAGUUUUACGGAUAUAGGUACAGAAGGAGACAUAAAAGGAUAAUCUUGUUAGAUUUGGCGAGUGAUUGAUUGAGACGUGGAGUGAAUUUAUAAAUUGAAAGCUUGAUUUGGUAUCCAGAAAUAUGUCUUCUUGGUGGGGUAAGCCAUCCUCAAAAGCAAAGAAGAAAAAGACAAGUAAACAGAGUCUUAUCGACACAUUAAGGAAAUUUAGGAACCCUUUUGAUGAUAAAUCAAUCAAUGACAGAUCAGAUGGUUCUCAAAGAGGUCGCAGUGACGCUGUUUUGGAAAAAAGAUCUUUGUCGAGGGUUGAAUCCAGGGCAGUAUCACCUUCAAAAGAAUCCAAACAUGUAGCAAGAUGCCAGAGUUUCCAAGAAAGACCUCUGGGUCAACCACUCCCACUUCCUACAAAUCUUCCUUCGCCUGUGGCUACUAAUGAGCCCACAAUCAGUGCAUCGGGAAAACUGAAACAAGAAAAGGGAUCCAAGUCACGGGCAUUUUUCACACUUCAACAUCCUGAGUAUGAUGGAGCAGAGUCUGUUUCCAGUGAAUGUUAUAGUGACAGUGAUGAGUUACCUGACUCGAUCCAACAUAGUCCCUUGGCAUCGAGUUACGCUGCUGGUAGUAGAGCAACUGUUGGCAGCCCUACCAGCAUGAUAGUCAAGGAUCAUUCACAUAUUACAAAAAUUCAUUUGUGUGACGCACCAAAGUCACAUGAUAAUUUGUUCAACAAUAAUGUCUAUUCUUCACCACCAAGAAGAAAACCAUUAAGCAGUCGCCUGCAGAAUCUCCAGGUACCUUAUAGUGCGGCAUUCAGUAGUGCUCCAGACAGCUCAAUUUCAAGUCCUUCUAGAAGCCCAUUACGGGCAUUUGGUACCGAACAAGUCAUCAGUUCUGCUUUUUAUGCCGGUCACUGCUCCAGCCCUGGAUCGGGACAGAAUUCUGGGUAUAAUUCCAUGGGUGUUGACAUGGCGGGGAUAUUUUGGCAGCCCAGUAGGGGUAGCCCAAGUCCAGAGUAUUCUCCACUGCCUAGUCCUAGGAUGACAAGUCCUGGUCCAAGCUCUAGGAUUCAAAGUGGCGCAGUCACACCACAGCACCCACGAGCAGGAGGUGUAGCCAUUGAAUCACAUAAUAGUUGGCCAGACGAUGGAAAACAACAAAGUCAUAGGCUGCCACUUCCUCCUAUUUCAGUUACCAGUUGUUCACCUUUCUCUCACCCAAAUUCAGCAGCAACAUCUCCUUCUGUACCACGAAGUCCAGGACGGGCUGAGAAUCUCACGAGCCCAGGCUCAAGAUGGAAAAAGGGGAAACUGCUGGGUAGAGGUUCAUUUGGGCAUGUUUAUGUCGGUUUCAACAGUGAUAGUGGGGAAAUGUGUGCUAUGAAGGAGGUGACUUUGUUCUCUGAUGAUGCGAAGUCAAAGGAAUGUGCAAAACAGUUGGGGCAAGAAGUUUCUCUAUUAAGCCGUUUAAGCCAUCCAAAUAUUGUUCAGUACUAUGGGUCUGAAAUGGUAGAUGAUAAACUCUAUAUUUAUCUGGAAUAUGUGUCUGGUGGUUCCAUAUAUAAGCUUCUUCAGGAGUAUGGACAAUUAGGUGAACUAGCAAUACGAAGUUAUACUCGGCAAAUCUUAUCAGGGCUUGCUUAUUUACAUGCUAAGAAUACUAUCCACAGGGAUAUCAAAGGAGCUAAUAUCCUUGUUGACCCAAAUGGCAGAAUCAAAGUGGCAGAUUUUGGAAUGGCAAAGCAUGUCACUGGGCCGGCAUGCGCACUAUCUUUCAAAGGAAGUCCUUACUGGAUGGCACCCGAGAUUAUAAAGAAUACUACUGGUUCUAACCUUGCCGUUGACAUCUGGAGUCUUGGAUGCACGGUUUUGGAAAUGGCAACAACGAAACCACCUUGGAGCCAAUAUGAGGGGGUGGCUGCCUUGUUUAAGAUUGGUAACAGUAAAGAGCUUCCAGCUAUUCCUGAUCAUCUAUCAGAUGAUGGUAAGGAUUUCGUAAGGCAAUGUUUGCAACGCAAUCCAAUGCAUCGUCCUACAGCUGCUCAGCUCUUAGAUCACCCUUUCGUAAGAAAUACGGCACCUUCGGAAAGGCCGAUAACGUGUCCUGACCCAUCCGGUCCACUGCCUGCCACCUCAAAUGGGGUCAACUCUCCGGGGCUUGGUAAUCUAAGAAACCGCCGGGCACUUGAUGUGGAUAGACUUGCUAAUCAUUCAUUUAGAGUACCCAAACCCGGUUUUAGUUCCAGUGAUCUUCAAAUUUCUAGAAAUAUAUCCUGUCCAGUCUCCCCGAUUGGAAGCCCUCUUUUACAUUCAAGGUCACCGCAACACGUUAAUGGAAGGAUGUCCCCAUCACCCAUAUCAUCAGGUGCAUCCAGCCCUCUAACUAGUGGAGGUGGUUCUAUCUCAUUUCAUCAUAUCAACCAGUCCGUUUACUUUCACGAGAUCUCAAAACCCACCCACAACCCUUACGGAAAUGGCAUAUCUUAUCAUGAUCAUGCUCCUCAUGUCCCUGAUAUCUUCCGAGCCAAACAGCCACAUUCCCGUGGUUGUAAUUCUGUAAAACAAUCCAGCAGACAUUCUCAGCAACGACACGGUGGACAUGCAGUCUUAGCAGACUCUGUAUCUCACCUACUCCUAAAAGAGAAAGUGAAUUUCAAACCAUACUUGGAUCUCAAUCCUUUGUAAACCGAAAUUCCACCCACCACACAAAACAGGCCUAGUUUAAGCUGAAUUUGAGCUUUUCAAGUAAGGAAUUCGUUUUUUCAGGUGGAUUUCCAUAUAACAACUCAUGCAGGUCCUACAAUCUUCUACAAAGUCACCAACGAGAACUUGGCUGACAUAGUGAAAAAGAAGCAACGUUAACUCGUAAAUUAUUGUACACAUAGGGUUUAAACUUGUUCAGUUAUGAAGUCACCAAGAACUCCGACGAUGCAGUGAAAAUGCAUCACCAUUAACUCGUAAAUGAUUGUAAACAGAGUUUAAACUUGGAGAAAUGAUGGUACAAGCAUGAAGUAACAUCAAAUAUAAUCACAUACAAGGAUAGAAACAAGUAGAUAUAGAGCUAUUUUUUGUGGGAAGCCUAACUGCUGUACAAAACAUGGGGAAUCAAAAGGAAAGUUGUACUUUUGUUUUCCUUACUUAACAUAACUUUGUUAGAUGUAGCUGUCAAUAUGCAACAAUCAUUUUGAUUAUAAAUGUUGUGUGAGCAUUAAUUGUUAAUGGAAAGGGAUAUAACUGGUUCCCUCCCUUAGUCUG